ACGAGGAGGACACACCUAAACUCGUGCGUCGAUCACUUGUGAACAGGACAAACACACAGCGGGGACGAGAGAGAGAGAGAGAGAGAGAGGGAGGGCUGGACAGUUCCGACCCGCUUUUGGAUGUGCGUCAAACAAGUCUCGCUUGGUAUCGUUGGAGAGUCGUGGGCUCGUGGAAAAUGUUCGGAUCCGUGAACAAACGUAUCCACGAAACUCUGGCUGAGCGAAAGAAACGCAGGGCCAGACUGGUGACCAAAGACGGUCGCUGCAACAUCGAAUACGGAAACAUCAAGUACAGCGAACACUUUGCCUUCCUGGCUGACUUCUGGACCACCUUUGUGGAAAUCCGCUGGCGCUUUGUUCUCUUCUUCUUCAUCGCCUCUUUUACCCUCAGCUGGUUCAUUUUUGGCCUGCUGUGGUACUGGAUCUGCCGCAGUAAUGGAGACCUGACAUGGCAAAGCCCCCCAUUGGGUCACACUCCAUGCGUUGAGAAUGUUGAAGGUCUCACCACAGCGUUCCUCUACUCCCUCGAGACCCAGACAACUAUUGGGUACGGUGGACGAGCGCUCACCCCUCUCUGCCCGGGUGCUGUGGCCCUUCUCAUCAUCCAGUCCCUCCUCGGAGCCAUCAUCAACUGCUUCAUGUGCGGAGUGAUCCUGUCCAAAAUCUCUUCGCCUAAAAAGAGGGCCAAAACCAUCUCAUUUAGUGAAAUGGCAGUCAUCAGCCCCAAAAACGGCUCUCUUUGCCUGUCAAUCAGAGUGGCCAACCUGCGCAAGACCCUGAUGAUAGGAAGCCAGCUCUACGGCAAGCUGCUGAGAACGACAAACACGCCAGACGGGGAGACGAUCAUCAUGGACCAGAUGAAUAUCGACUUCACGGUGGACGCUGGCAAAGACAACCUCUUCUUCGUUUGCCCACUCACGCUCUACCACAUCAUUGACAAGAGCAGCCCUUUCUUCGAGAUGGCGGUGGACACGCUCCACAAGCAAGAGUUUGAGCUGGUCGUCUUCCUGGACGGCACGGCGGAGUCCACCAGCUCCUCCUGCCAAGUGCGGACCUCCUUUAUUCCUUCGGAGAUCAUGUGGGGCUACAACUUCUUGCCCAUCAUUUCCAGAAGCAAGGAGGGCAAGUACAGAGUAGAUUUCUCCAACUUCUCCAAGGUGGUGCAUGUGGCUACUGCACACUGUGCCUACUGUUUCCACAACAUCAAGGGCCACCACCACCACUCCAGAGAGGGACAUGACAACCCGGGCUUUGAAGUGAUCAACAUCAACGAUCCCCCAAAUGUCACCAAGUUGUGAGGCGGUGGAGACAAUGACUUAUCUGUAUCUCAAUGAGAAACUCUUGAAGACACUUAAGGACAAACUGGAGCUAGAGGCAGGUGCGGUGACCUGAUGGCAGGCAGCACAUUUUGUAGCAUUUAAAUAUGAAGUAAUGAAAACCUAUUUAUUCGUCAUUCGUUUGUGUUCGGCAGAGAUAAGGAAUCAGUCUGUGGGACAGGACAGUAAUUUGAAUGUAAAGCCACACCUGCCACUGUGUACUGACCCGAAACCUGUUUUCUAAAGGGAGGUCGUGAAAGAUGGUCAAGCGACAAUUCAAGAACAGAAAGAGAAAGUUUAUUUCCAAGUACACGUGUGCUCUUGCGGUAUGUGAAGACAAAUAGUUCUUAUUUACCUUUGACCUUGCACGUCUGGUUUACCAAGUAUGGCAAAUGCAUUGUCCUGUACGUACGUCUGGCAAUUACUUGAAGGACCAAUGUUGGGGGGGCAGUUCUAGUGAGAAAACGAUAAAGUAGUUGUUCAACAAUUCAUGCUACUGUAGGCUGUCGUGCAUAAAGAGACACUUGGACUUGAAGCAUUAGCGUAUGCUUGAACUAUUCAGACACUAAGUCACUAGCAAAAGGGUUGGGCUCUGAAGCCACUGUGUGAUGUACUGUAACUGUGGUUUUCCUCUCGAGUGAAGACAUUGUGAGAGAACAAAGCUCUCAGGAAAUGCGUAAAGAUAUGGCUGCAUGCAGCAAUGACUGUACUUUGAUCAGAGUCAAAUUUGUUUGUAAAGUCUUUUUUUGUAUUUGAUAUGGGGGGGAGGUAUACAUUGUUAUAAAGGCUAUUUUUGCAUUUUAAAAAAAGGAAAGAAAUACUUGU